AUGCCCUCCUGCCCAGCCCUGAAGCGGGGUGAUGGACCCCCCCUCUGCUGCAACAUGUUGGUGGAGUCGGAGGAGCAAGAGCCUGGUACCCCCAGCGCUGCCCUGCCCUGGCACUGCUCCGAGCUGGGGCGCUCCAGCAGCCCUGCCUGUGCCUGCCUGCGGGAACGUUGGCUCAGGCUGCUGCAGUCGGCGGGACCUGCGCUGCAGGGCAGGCUGGAGGGGCUGAAGGUGCUGCUGCUGAACGUCAGCAGGGCUCUCACCCGGGAUCUCCUCAUCGCCUUCUCCCCCACCGAGGGCCCCAGGUUGCUGGAGGUGACUGAAGAGAGGAAAGCAGGCAAAAUCCACCUGCCCAGGGAGAUCUUCCAGUCCCUGAGCAGCCUGGCAGCUCGCCUGGUGGUGACAGUCCUCAACCUCCGGCACUUUGGCAUGUUCAAGGAGGUCAACCAGACAGGAAAGGUCCUGGAUGACACCGUGGUGGGCAUCACAGUUGGGGAGACUGGCAUCUCUGGGCUACAGCACCCUGUGAAGCUCAGCUUUGCCCAUGGGCAGCUGCCUCAAGGUCUCACCCCACAAUGUGUCUUCUGGGAUGCCACCAAAGGACUGGCAGGAGGCUGGAGCAGCAGUGGAUGUGCCACCCAGCCCGGGGAUGAAGGGACAGUCUGCUCCUGUGACCACCUCACCUUCUUCACUCUCCUCCUGAACCCAGCUCUGGAUGAAGCCACAGCACAACCCCUGCUGGCUGUUGCCACUGCCAGCUGCGGGGUAGCCGCAGCCUUCUCCAUCCUCACCAUCGCUUUCUGCCUCUUUUUGAGGUGUGGCUUUAGGUUUGAGGAGAGCCUUCGCAUCAACCUGGGGCUGCAUCUGAACCUGGUGAGCAGCCUCUUCCUCCUCAACUUGGCCUUCCUGCUCAACAGCAGGCUGGCUGCUGGGAGCCAGCCUGGCACCUGCAAGGCCUUGGGGGGGUUCACCCACUACUGCCUGCUCUGCUGCUUCACAUGGAUGGCACUGGAGGGUUGCCACCUCUACCUCCUCUUCGUCAAGGUCCUUGGCACCUACAUCCACCGCUACCUGGCGAAGCUGUGCCUGGUCGGCUGGGGCUUCCCUGUCCUCGUGGUGGGGGUGGCAGGACUCAUUGGCAGCUAUGGAGAAUACAGCAUCCAGACCUUGGAGCAGCAGCCCAUAGCCCACCUGUGCUGGAUCACUCCCAAACACCUCUUGGUCCAUUACAUCACCAACUGUGGCUACUUUGGCCUCAUCUUCCUCUUCAACGUGGCUGUUUUUGCUGUGGUGCUGCACAAGAGCUGCUGCCUGCAGGGCAGAGGGGCAGGGCAGCCAGGUCGCAGGGCAUGGAAGGUGGCUCUGGUGGCAUUGGGACUCUUCUGCCUUCUGGGAGCCACCUGGGCCUUGGCAUUCCUCACCCAUGGCACCUCCUCUGCCCCUGUGCUCUACCUCUUCACUGUCCUCAACUCUCUCCAAGGAGUCUUCAUCCUCAUCUGGUUGGUUGUCCUCUACUACCCCAAGACAAAGGAGACCACAGGCUCCCUCUCCAACAUCAUCAGACAUGACAAAGCCACCACAGUCUCCCAGGACUAGCUGCUGGCUGCACCUCCCUGCCUGCCUGCCUGCUGAGAGCGAGCUCCCAUCCCGACAGAGGAGGAGGGCUCAAUGUGCUGUGCCUCAGUUUCCCCUUCAGUGAGCCAUGAGCCACUUUAAGAGGGCUUUUGGUUGCUUUCCUAAUAGCUUACCUUGGGCAAGGAGCUCCAGAGAUGUCCCUUCUGCCACUGUCACAGAAUCACUGAGUUGUGAGAUGCUGGGAGGUGGAGGAGUCACCAUCCCUGGCUGCACCUGGAGUGCUGUGUCCUGCUGUGGGCUCCUGAAUUGCAGAGAGCUGCUGAGGUGCUGGAAGGUGCUGAG